AUGCCUAAUCAAACGGGUAGCAAUGUCAUCUCCUUCAAGGAAAGAGCAACGAUCGAUCCGAUCAAACCUCUCUACGAUCUCCUUAUCGUCGAGCUGACAAUCCAGAAUAUCGAUGUCGCAAGGAUAUUGGUCGACACCGGAAGCUCGGCUGAUAUCAUCUUCAAAAACACCCUCGAAAGAAUGAAAAUCAAUCCAUCCGAAAUUGCGGAAGAUCCAAAUCCAAUAGUAGGACUCUCGGGGGAAGCUACCAUGACUCUCGGCACAAUCAACCUCUUGGUUAAGGCCGACAGCAUGACGAAAAUCGUGGAGUUUUGGGUCAUCGAUCGACCCACAUCGUAUAACGCGAUCGUAGGAACUCCAUGGCUGAAUUCCAUGCAAGCAAUCCCGUCAACAUACCACAUGUGUCUCAAAUUCCCAACCCCUCGCGGGACCGAGACCAACUGGGGAGAUCGGAGAAUCUCACGAGUCUGCUUCCCUGCAGAAUUGAAACGAAAAAACCCAUUGGCCGAGUUUCCGCCUCAAAAGAAAAAGAAAUCGUAUGUCGUUGACAACGCCCUACAACAAGAUAAAACUGAAAUCUUUUGCCACUCACGAGUGGCUGAAGCUUUGGAAGCGAAACGCGAGCGGACCUGCAAGCCCAUAAUCUCGGUAUGCUUAGACGAAACAUUCCCAGAUUGCUGCGUGGAAAUCGGCGCGAACCUAAGUGAGUAUCUAAAAAAGAACUUGCACACGUUCGCAUGGGCCGCAGAGGAUAUGCCGGGGAUUGACAUCAAGGUCACAUGUCACGAGCUGAACGUAGACCCGACUUUCAAACCUGUCAAACAAAAGAGACGAAAGUUGGGCCCCAAACGCGCAUGUGCGGUGAACAAUGAGGUCGAAAAACUCCUCAAAGUCGGAUCCAAAACAGAGGUGAGGUAUCCCGACUGGCUCGCUAACCCGGUCGUUGUGAAAAAGAAAAACGGAAAGUAG